AUGGCUUCGUCCGAGGAAGAGGCGACUACAGCGUCGACCGACACUUAUCCUGAAGAUGAUGACUGCCUCAGUGUACGAAAAUGGUGGUGCUUUCUGCUGUCGUCGAUUUUCACCUUCCUUGCGGGGUUGCUCGUGGUGCUGUUAUGGCGCGCGUGCGCGUUUGUCUGCUGCCACAAGGAGCCGGAGCUGGCACCCAACGACCCCAAGCAGAAGGAGCAGAAGGCGGCGCGGCAGGGCAAACAAGAGUUCGAGGGCACGUUCAUGACCGAAGCGAAAGACUGGGCCGGCGAACUCAUAUCCGGUCAGACCACCACCGGACGAAUACUGGUAGUGUUGGUGUUCAUCCUGAGUAUAGCAUCGCUCAUCAUCUACUUCAUUGACGCGUCCAGUGAAGAGGUUGAGCGAUGUCAGAAAUGGAGCGACAAUAUUACUCAGCAAAUCGACCUUGCCUUUAACAUAUUUUUUAUGGUCUACUUUUUUAUACGAUUUAUAGCAGCUAGUGACAAACUAUGGUUCAUGCUCGAGAUGUAUUCAUUUGUAGAUUAUUUCACGAUACCCCCAUCCUUUGUAUCAAUAUACCUCGAUAGAACGUGGAUAGGGCUGAGAUUUCUCAGAGCUCUACGCUUAAUGACCGUGCCUGAUAUUUUGCAAUACCUCAAUAUAUUAAAAACAUCGAGCUCAAUUCGGUUGGCGCAAUUAGUUUCUAUAUUUAUAUCAGUGUGGCUGACCGCUGCCGGCAUUAUUCAUUUGCUGGAAAACUCUGGUGACCCAUUAGAGUUCGAGAAUGCCCAGAAACUAUCGUACUGGACGUGUGUGUACUUCCUGAUAGUCACCAUGUCCACUGUAGGUUACGGUGACGUAUUCUGUCACACAGUACUUGGAAGAACAUUUUUGGUUUUUUUUCUCCUCGUUGGCUUGGCAAUGUUCGCUAGUAGCAUUCCCGAAAUUAUAGAGCUGGUAGGAAGUAGGUCCAAGUACAGUGGCGAGCUGAAGCGUGAACAUGGAAAGAGGCAUAUUGUGGUCUGUGGACACAUAACUUACGAGUCAGUGAGCCAUUUUUUAAAAGACUUCCUACAUGAGGACAGAGAGGAUGUAGACGUCGAAGUUGUUUUUUUACACAGGAAACCGCCCGACCUGGAGCUCGAAGGCCUGUUCAAGAGGCACUUUACCACUGUGGAAUUCUUUCAAGGCACCAUUAUGAAUCCAAUCGACCUACAGAGGGUGAAAGUAAGUAAAUGUGACACACACAAAAAUAAGAAAAUGGGCGUGGUGUCGGUUUGA